GGGUAUCAAAUUCUCUCAUCUUCACGUGGGGGAAGAUUAGUAGCAGUAUUAAUCUCUGGGCAGUCACAGUGAGACCCAAAUCUGUCUCAGAUCUACAGCGAAGCUCCUUCAAUUUUCUAUUCACUAAUCAAUUCGUUUUUGAUUUUCACCUUUUAAUUAAAAUUUUUACUUACUCCGAUCACAUUCACAUUCACAUACUCUCUCUCUCUCUCUCUCUCUCUCUCUAUAUCACUCUCCGCCCAAUCCAAAACCCUAAGGAGCUCCGAUCGUCUCUCUCCCAAUUCGCCAACUGUCAAAGCCUCGCGGAAUUCCGUGAAGGUUAAAAGUGGAAGCAUGAAAGAAGCGAAAGCCAACGGUCAGUACCCGCAGCCGCAGCAGCACCAGAACGGCGGUGCCCACUUGUCGCCGUUCAAAUUCGCCAAGUUGUUCGAUCCGGAAGCUUCCUGGGACAAGGAUCAAUUGGGAGAUGUCUUGCAUUGGAUUCGACAGGGCAUGGCUCUUGUGUGUGGGCUACUAUGGGGUGCGGUACCCUUGGUAGGAGGCAUAUGGUUCGUCCUUUUUCUCUUGUUAUCCACUGGGAUUAUAUAUGGCUACUAUGCGAUGAUACUGAAGCUUGAUGAAGAAGAAUUUGGCGGUCAUGGAGCUCUCCUCCAAGAGGGACUUUUUGCAUCUGUAACUCUUUUUCUGCUUGCAUGGGUUCUAGUAUACAGCUUGGGACACUUCUGAUUGGCCAUCUAUUCAAUUUCACUAGGAUUUGGUUGCAUGAAGAGCGAUAGCCUUGGAUACAAUGAGAAAGUUUCUUAUGAAGUCAUUACUGUUUGCUCAUUUCUUUAUGAUUAAGCAACAUUAUGAAUAUGAGCAUGGACAUGCUAGCAUCUGAUUAUGGUGCAUAGAUGUUUCAGUCAAUGUUUCUUCAUAAACACCCACGCAAUGUAGCAAUGUAUGACCUGCAAAAAACUGAUGAGAAUCAAAAUUGUUUUGGUAGCCAUUAAUAAAA